GCCAUAACUUGUUUAGCACAAACAAUCGUAAUAAGAUGGCAGAAUCAACAAAUGGCGUGUCUGCGCCGUCGAUGAACGAUGUGGAGAUGAAGGAGGAGAUGGCAGAGCAAUCCGUACACAGUAUACCAUCGGCGCCAGAACAAGUGGCAGGAACCGUCCAAGACGACCAAACAGCAACCGCUCCUGUAGACGAGAAAGAAGCACUACCGACCGACCAAUCUAUUACCGCCCGAGUCCAACUGCAGGAAUCGACACCUACAAGCAUGGAAGGCAUACUCAAUGGAGGCUCUGUCGCGCCGAUUGGUCAAGUGCCUCCUCCGCCAGUCGCACAAGCUCCUUCAGCAUCGCCAUUGCCUGCUACAGCCUCGGCGACAAUCGCGCCACCAACAGCAUCCUUGCCAGCCUCAGCACCUACGCCUCCACCUGCUCCGCCAACCAGACCUUCAUCAAUUCCUCCAGCGGUAUCACUACCACCCGAGAAACCUCAUGCUCACGGCUCGCCAACCAGAGUCUAUCUCAAUCAGGCCGUCACACCGCAUCUACUGGAGGGUAUGAAGUACCUGGCUGCUUAUGAACCUGAGAAGCCCUUGAAGUGGUUGAGCGAGUUUUUAGCGAAGCGCAGCAUGGAGACUGAGGGAGAAUCAUGAUGGUUUGGGCACGCACUGGGGCAGGAAAUGACAACGUUGCAUAGCGAGGGAAGGAGUUUAUGAGAUUCAUUACGGUUGCCCAUGUAAAAUAGUACAAUCACGUCAAGCGCGCUACUGAGGAGGGACGAAGAUGAUAUACAAUCGGACACAUGGUUUCUUGGUGAGGGUCCAAAUUCGGCCCUGGUCGUUCAUUUACUUUUUCAUCCCUUUGCAACGAGCUAGUGCAAACUCCGGCGACCUUCCAAAUACACAUGCC